AUGGAUGAUAAUUUGAUAAAAACAGGUGACCUACAUUACUUGCUAGAAAGAUCUGUAACAGGAAAAAGAUUCCUACUUGUGAUUGAUGAUUUCUGGGAACAUAUGGUGGAUAGAGAUAUGUUUUUGAAAUUUGUGUCAAGAAAUGGUAAACGAGGGAGCAAAAUACUUUUGAUAACUUGUCCUACUAGUAUCACAGAUUUACCUCAUCAUGUUCUUCUAAACAUCUUCUCGAGGCUCCCAGUUAGAUCUGUUCAAAGCUCUAAAUGUGUUUGUAAAGAAUGGAACGGCCUCAUUAAGGAGCCAUUUUUUUCAAAAAUGCACUUUGAUCGUGCAGCUAUGUACCCAAUGUUGAGAGCCUUUGAACCUAGAUUUUGGCCUAGUGAUUUGCAUUUAAUUGAAGCUACCAACCCAAAUGACCUUGUUGCCCCAUUGAAGCUACACUCAAAGUUAAUACCCCCUCAAGUCCCAUUGGUUGAUGUAGCAAGUAAGCAAUUGAUUCCUAAGUUUGGUAUAGUGAACUCAUGUAAUGGCUUGCUUUGUGUAUGCACAACCCCAUUCAACAACCCUAUCUAUGUUUGUAAUCCCAUAACGGGAGAGUAUAUAAAUCUCCCUAAACCUGAGAGAAACCCUUAUGAUACAGAUUAUUUCAUAAUGGAUAAAAACGAAAUGGGAGAGUUAUGUAUGAUGCACUUUGUUUUUUCUGGCUUUGGCUUUAGCCCAAAGACUAACCAAUACAAAGUGAUGAGGUUAUUGGAUUUGGAAACGGAGGAGAGUGAAAGAUAUAUAGCUGUUCAAGUACUCACUCUUGGUUCAAGUUCAUGGAGAACCGUUAGCUCGUUGGAAAGAUGGAGAAACAUUGGGUUAGAAGUAUUACAAAGACAAACAUGGGCUCCCAUUGAAGCACCUUAUAAGCGAUCAUUUUGUGUUUACCUGAAUGGAGCUGUUCACUGGCUUCCUAAUCGUAAAUAUGCUACCUUGUUCAUAGGUUGCUUUGAUUUUGAUAAUGAGAACAUACGUGAAAUCCUUCCACCUAAGGAGUUUAUUGAAGGAGAUAGGCGUGCAAUUGGAAACAUGAGAUUAGGAGUGCUACAUGAUUGUCUCUACCUUACUGACACAACCCAUUAUGCUCAUUUUCACAUAUGGGUAUUGAAAGAUUACAAUGAUCCUUUGUCCUGGACCAAAGAGCUGGUAAUUGAUACCCUUGUUCGUAAGAUGUGGCCUACGGGUUUGUAUAAACCAAUAAGGUACCUUGACAAUGGGGAUUUGUUGAUGUUUCAUCCAAGCAAUUCCUUGGUUUGCUAUAGCCCUAAAGAACAAAGCUUACGUUAUUUCAAGAUUCAAGGAAUUGAUUCAGAUUUUGAAAUGGUUUUUCACAUUCCUUCUCUAGUUCCCAUGAAAGAUGUUAUAAAUGUCGAGGACCCACAAGUUGAGAUUUUGAAUGUGAGGGAUUCUGUGAGGCUUCAUGGUUGGAAGGAGUUUUAUGAUUUUGCACUGGUGGAAAAAGAUGAAGAGGCUAUAUCCGCUAAAUAUUCUAAAAUUGUGGAACGUAAUACUCCAUUCAGUUCUGCAUUCACAAAAACUCAUAUGUAG